GUGCCUGUGCGCCAUGCUUGCACCAAAAAGCUGAUGUAACACUGAAUACGGAGGCCAAAAAGUCUGUUUUGAACAUAUGAGUUCACUUUGGGAUAUAAAAUCAGCGUAAUUUAGCCCUCUGAGACCAUUCCGUAUAUUCGUGCAAGUGGUUAGCACUAGAAUCUUUGAAAAUGUCUGAAGAAGACCCUAUUCUCAGCGAGUUGGCUUCCAAAAAGAAGAAAAAGAAGAAGAAGAUCCCCUUUGAAUUGGACUCUUUGGAAGCAGGUGCGGAAGGCUCUGGUCCUUCAGAGUCGCCCUCGGACACCCCCGUCAAAGCUGAUAAGGAAAAUAAGGAACCGGAACCCAAGGCUGAUGAUGAUGCCCUGGACCUUGAGCUGGCUGGCAAGAAAAAGCGGAAAAAGAAGAUUUUCGACAUGAAUAAGCUGGACGCCGCCCUUCCUGAAAUGGAGACUAAUAAGGAGGGAGCCAUUGAAAGUUCUGGGCCUGCUGAAGAAGCUCCCGCCGAUGAUGACUUUAGCCUUGAUAUGGACUUUUCUUUAACAAAGAAGAAAAAAAAGAAGAAGAAGGACAUCGAUGAAGAUUUGGAAGGAGGGAAGGCUGAUAAGGCUGAUGAUAAUGAAAAUGAGUCGAGCAACAACUCCACAUGGUUUGGUGUUGAUCGAGAUUACACUUAUGACGAAUUGCUCACCCGAGUAUUCUGCAUUAUGCACGAAAAGAAUCCUGAUAUGGCCCUUGGCAAAAAGCAGAAGUUUGUCAUGCGUCCUCCACAUGUGGUGCGAAUCGGCACCAAAAAGACCUCAUUUGCUAACUUCACUGAAGUGUGUAAAAUCUUGCAUCGGCAGCCGAAACACUUGCUUGACUUCUUGCUGGCCGAGUUGGGCACCAGCGGGUCAGUUGACGGUAACAGUCAGCUCAUCAUCAAAGGUCGAUUCCAGCAGAAGCAGAUUGAAAUUGUGUUACGUCGUUACAUCAAGGAGUAUGUGACUUGCCACACCUGCCGCUCGCCCAACACCAUCCUCCAGAAGGACACCCGUAUCUUCUUCCUCCAGUGUGAAGACUGUGGCUCUAGGUGCUCCGUGGCCAGCAUCAAAUCUGGUUUCCAGGCCGUCACAGGAAAACGAGCUGCCAUCAGAGCGAAAACAACGUGAAACAAUACAUGAGGUCAAGGGGUUUGCGCGUGUUAAAAAGUUAUUACCAGAUCUUAUGUCCAGUAUCUCUCUAUAUUGUCUAAAACAUUUUUCAACAGUUCAAAAUUUCUACAAAUUAAUUUUUUGCAAGAAUAACUAAACUCAAGGGAACCGUUUCAUAAAAGGCUUAUGACUCAUGCUUUUCAAUUUGUACCCCAUAAAUAAAUCCGUGUUGAUCUAAACUUUAAUCAAA